AACUAGGGUUUUACGGUCCUUCCCCCCGGACACGGAGUGCGAGUUGCGAGCAAGCGGCCUCAACGUCUUCUUUCUUCUCUCACUCGCGCUCUCCGAUCUCUACGCAGGAUGGAUUCUCAGGUGAAACUUGCCAUCGUGGUGAAGGUAAUGGGACGAACAGGGUCAAGGGGGCAGGUGACUCAGGGGAAGUACGAAGUAAUGGCAGCAACAUCAGCGACAUACCCACCACCACCACCAUACUACAGGCUCUACAAGGAUUACCUCCAAAACCCUAAAUUGGCUUCUGAGCCCCCCCCUCCAAUUCAAGGCACCUACAUGCUCUAUGGUGGCACCUACACGACUGAUGAUGUACUUCCUAGCUUGGAAGAGCAAGGAGUUCGUCAACUUUAUCCAAAAGGGCCCAAUAUCGACUUCAAGAAAGAACUAAGAUCACUGAACAGAGAAUUGCAGCUACAUAUUUUGGAGCUUGCAGAUGUUCUUGUUGAGAGGCCAUCUCAAUAUGCAAGGAGAGUGGAGGACAUAUCUCUUAUAUUUAAAAACUUACACCACCUUCUUAAUUCAUUGCGUCCUCACCAGGCCAGGGCAACGCUGAUUCACAUACUAGAACUACAGAUACAACGUCGAAAACAAGCAGUGGAAGACAUCAGAAGAAGAAGAGAAGAAGCUCAAAGGCUGCUUAAGGAGUCACUUGGGACCUUGGAUGGCCACUAGCACAAAUCAGUAUAUAUGAGGCUGUGCUUUUAAGAGAUCUUGUGGGUUUGACAUAAGCAGAUUUCUUACGCCUACCAAUGGGGACCUCAGAUUUCUCUCAUUUCUACCAGUUGCAGCAUCUCCGGAUAUGCCUUAUGCUUGAAAUUUCUUGGUAUAUAGGAGAGACUUAGCCAACCAAUGUAAUAAAUCUAUAGGAAGGAAUAACAAAAAUGGGCCAUUUGCCAUAUUUGUUGGAAUGUUAUACUGUGGACAUCCCAUGCAAUUUGAAUGGACAGGUAUCCUGUAUGCGGCAGCUGAACCAGCAGCAUUCAUGUUGCAUUUUUGUCAACCCCAUAGGCUGCAUUGCAGUUUGAACUUUGAAGAUGACAUUUUCUUGUUAUUUGUCAAUUAUCACAUUACAAGAUGCCCUUUCAUCUC